UCGAGCUAUAAUUGCUUAGCUCCAUCCUGUUGCUGCCAUUCUCUCAGCGGCGGUGGUGGCAGCAUCUGGGGUUCCAGGCGGGCGGCAGCUGCAGGCUGACCUCGAGGCUGGGCGGGAUGGACUGGCCACACAACCUGCUGCUCCUUCUUACCAUCUCCAUUUUCGUGGGGCUGGCCCAGCCCAGGAGCCCCAAAGGCAAGAGGAAGGGGCAAGGACAGGCUGGGCCCCUGGCCCCUGGGCCGCACCAGGUGCCGCUGGACCUGGUGUCAAGGAUGAAACCCUAUGCCCGAAUGGAGGAGUAUGAGAGGAACCUUGAGGAGAUGGUGGCCCAGCUGAGAAACAGCUCGGAGCUGGCCAAGAGGAAGUGUGAGGUCAACUUGCAGCUGUGGCUGUCCAACAAGAGAAGCCUGUCCCCCUGGGGCUACAGCAUUAACCAUGAUCCUAGCCGCAUCCCCACGGACCUGCCUGAGGCGCGGUGCCUGUGUCUGGGCUGCGUGAACCCCUUCACCAUGCAGGAGGACCGCAGCAUGGUAAGCGUGCCCGUGUUCAGCCAGGUGCCUGUGCGCCGCCGCCUCUGCCCUCCCCCGCCACGCCCGGGGCCCUGUCGCCAGCGGCUGGUCAUGGAGACCAUCGCAGUGGGCUGCACCUGCAUCUUCUGAGCCACCCAGCCUGGAAGCCAGCUGGUAGCUAGAGACCACCAUCCCUGCACCCCUGUGUCUAGCAAGGCCUACAAAAAAUAAACUCUGUCUUUGGAAAGCAA